AUGGAUGGAAUUGAUGUAGAACUCACCUUUGGGAUUGAAGAUGGGGGCAAGGCAGCCUUGUCCCAGAAGAUGAGGACUGGUGAUGAGCUGGUGAAUAUCAAUGGCACUCCAUUGUAUGGCUCCCGCCAAGAGGCCCUCAUCCUCAUCAAAGGUUCCUUCCGGAUCCUCAAGCUGAUCGUCAGGAGGAGAAACGCCCCUGUCAGUAGGCCGCAUUCAUGGCAUGUGGCCAAGCUGCUGGAGGGAUGCCCUGAAGUGGCUACCACCAUGCAUGUCCCUUCUGAAACCUUCAGCUUGUCGUGGCAUUCCGGCUGCAACACAAGUGACGUGUGUGUGCAGUGGUGUCCACUCUCCCGGCACUGCAGCACUGAGAAAAGCAGCUCCAUUGGCAGCAUGGAGAGCCUGGAGCAACCAGGCCAAGCCACCUAUGAGGGUCACCUCUUGCCCAUUGACCAGAAUAUGUACCCCAACCAGCGUGACUCAGCCUAUAGCUCCUUCUCGGCCAGCUCAAAUGCCUCUGACUGUGCCCUUUCCCUCAGGCCAGAGGAGCCAGCCUCUGCAGACUGCAUUAUACAAGGCCAAGGGUCUACUAAGGCCCAUAAUGGCAGGCCUAAUAUGCCUGAGACCUCAGGAAGUAGCCGGCGCGCCAACGGGGGCCACCUGACUCCCAGCUCCCAGAUGUCAUCCCGCCCACGGGAGGUCCACCACUCAGGGCCUGCCAAGGCUGCCAAGGGCCCACCACAACCUCCAGUGAGGCGAGACAGUCUUCAGGCCUCCAGAUCCCAACUCCUCAAUGGAGAGCAGCGCAGGGUUUCUGAGCCUGCAGACUCUUUACAACAGGAGAAACUGAGCUUAGACACUACGCUAUCCCCAAGGAACCCUAACAGGUUUUGCUGCCUCAGUGGGCAAAACCAGGUGAUAAAUGAGGGCCAUCAGAACUGUGAGCUCAGCCAACCUCCUGAAUCCAGCCAGCAGGGUUCUGAGCACCUACUGAUGGAGGCCUCAUCCAAAGCUAUUGGAUUCCAAAAAUCAUAUGACAAAACUUCCAGUAUAAAUUCCAGCCCACUCAACAAGGCUUCAGCAGAGCUAGCUAAGGCUUCUUUUAGUAGCCCUCAACACCUCACAGGACCCACAGGCCAUCGCCAUAGUGCCCCUGAACAGCUGCUGGCAUCCCACUUGCAGCAUGUGCACCUUGAUACCAGGGGUAGCAAGGGGAUGGAGCUCCCAGCUGGGCAGGAUGGACAUGAGUGGACUCUGUCCCCUUUACAUAGCAGCCACACAGGGAAGAAAAGCCCAUGUUCCCCUACAGGAGAAACCCAGGACCAGCCCAGCAAAGAGAGAAAGACCAGGCCAGUGGAUGAGAGGCCUUUGGGUUCAGGGCACCAGAGCCGAAGCAUUUCCCCCCAUGGAGAAGCUGAUGGACACCCUCCAGAAAGAGGUCUCCAGGACCCAAACAGGGCAAGCAGAGCAGGCAGUGAGUUGGCCAGCCAGCAGCCCUCUGCCUCUGGCUCUCUUGUUCAACAAACCAGGGACUGUUCUUCAACCACUAAAGUAGCUGGCACCACAGAGGCAGCUGAAGAAGGGGACAAUGAGCCCAAGGAGUGUGGCCGGGUGGGUGGUCGGCGAAAUGGAGGGACCCGGGGCCGCUCUAUCCAAAACCGGCGGAAGAGUGAGCGUUUUGCUACCAACCUGCGUAAUGAAAUUCAGAGGAGGAAGGCCCAACUCCAGAAAAGCAAGAGUCCCUUAUCACAGCUGUGUGACACUAAGGUGCCAGUGGAAGAGACUGAGGAGCCCCUAGAAAAUCCUCUACUUCCUGCCUCUAACUCAUCUCUACUGCCUUCAUAUAAAAAACCACCUAGCCCCAGAGACAAGCUCUUCAAUAAGAACAUGAUGCUUAGGGCUAGGUCUUCAGAGUGCCUCAGCCAAGCCCCUGAGAGCCAUGAAUCUAGGACAGGCUUGGAGGGACGAAUGAGCCCUGGCCAGAGGCCUGGCCAGUCCUCUUUGGGCCUGAAUGCCUGGUGGAAUGCAUCUGACCCAUCCUCCUCAGACUCUGAGAAAACAAAGGUUCACCAUGGAGUCCGUGGAGGUCAUUGGAGAUGGUCUCCAGAACACAACUUGCAGCCUCACGUGGCACUAGCCAUGGAAGGCCCUUCCAACCAAGGUGAUAACAAGGAAUUGACAGCUUCUACCACCCAAGCUGAGGAGGAAGCCAUCCUCUUGCCCUUUGCAGACAGAAGAAAGUUCUUUGAAGACAGUAGCAAAUCCCUAUCUACAUCUCAUUUGCCAGGUUUAAGCACUCAUAGUAACAAGACUUUUGCACAGAGACCAAAACCUAUAGACCAAAGCUUCCAGUCAAUGAACUCUAGCUAUAGGGAAUUGAGGCGCCAUCCCAUGGACCAAUCAUAUCAUGCCACAGACCAAUCAUAUCAUUCCAUGUCACCCCUUCAGUCAGAAACUCCUACUUACUCAGAAUGUUUUGCAAGCAAAGGUCUAGAACAAUCCAUGUGUUGUAAGCCACUGCACUGUGGUGAUUUUGAUUACCACAGGACCUGCUCUUACUCCUGCAGUGUUCAGGGAGCUGUAGUACAUGACCCUUGCAUUUAUUGUUCUGGAGAAAUCUGCCCUGCUUUGCGAAAGAGAAAUAUGAUGCCAAACUGCUACAACUGCCGAUGCCACCAUCACCAAUGCAUUCGGUGUUCAGCUUGCUAUCAUAAUCCCCAGCACAGUACCCUCGAAGACAGCACCUUGGCACCUGGCAACACUUGGAAAUCCAGGAAGCCUACAGUGCAGGAAUUUCCUGGGGACAAAUGGAAACCAAUAACAGGAAACAGGAAGACCAGCCAGUCAGGGAGGGAAAUGGCUCAUUCCAAGGCUGGCUUUUCAUGGGCAAGCCCCUUCCAUUCUUGCCUUGAGAACCCAGCACUGGACUUGUCAAGCUACCGAGCAAUCUCAUCUCUUGACCUCCUUGGAGACUUCAAACACUCCUCAAAAAAAACAGAGGAAACUUCAGUUUAUGAGGAGGGGAGCCCUGUGGCCCCUACGUCCCACCCACUGCGCAGCCGUGCCUUCUCAGAGAGCCAUAUCAGCUUGGAACCCCAGAGCUCCCGGUCCUGGGGACAGCAUAGGAGGGAGCUCUUUACCAAAGUUGAUGAGACCCAGCUGGAUCCUCUGGGAGCCAGGAAGAAGGCCUUUCCUCCUCCUCGCCCUCCUCCUCCCAAUUGGGAGAAGUACAGGCUCUUCCGUGCAGCCCAGCAGCAGCAACAGCAGCACAAGCAGCAACAGCAGCAACAAGAGGAGGAAGAAGAGGAAGAGGAGGACGAGGAGGAGGAGGAAGCUGAAGAAGAGGAUGGGGUUGAAGAGGAGGAGGAGGAGGAGGAGGGAGGGGAGGACGAGGAGCUGCCACCCCAGUAUUUCAGUUCAGAAAGCACUGGUCCCUGUGCUCUCAAUCCUGAGGAGGUGCCGGAGCAGCCGCAAACCCUGGGCUUUGGUCACCUGGAGGUCUCAAGGCAGGGUGCACAAAGCCUCCCAGAAGAGCAAGAGUCCUUUGCUCUCCAUUCCAGCAAUUUCCUGCCUCCAAUAAGGGGCCACUUGGGAUCUCAACCUGAGAAGGCUCAGCCCCCUCGCUAUUAUGGUGCUGGUGGACAUUGGAGGACAUCAGAGCAAGAGACCACUGAUCCCUCCAAACCAGAAGCCCUGAUGGCAGAAGAGUCCAAACCCAAGCCAGCAUGGAGCCAGAGCUACUUCUUUCCUGAGGAGCAGUUCUCUUUCAUGGGCUGGGGCUCCGAGAAGCAGCAUCUCAGCCCCGCGGGCUUCAGUGAACCCAAGACAACAGGGUCUGCUGCUACACUUGUCAAGCCCCUGGGUGCCACUGGUUCCAUUUAUACCCCAUUUCAUCCUGCAACUAUGGAGGAGGCUGGGGCUACUGGGGAUAUGCCAGAAGUGGAGAGAUGCUAUCCCUUCUCAGACCGAAGGCCUGCCCCACAGCAGGCAGUCUCAGAAGAGCUCAUGAGAGAUGUGGUGGGCCGUGACAAGUCCCUGGCAGGGGUGCUAACCCCAGCCUCCAACAUGGUGACCACUGCUGAGGUCAUGGGUGACCUCUUUGCUCUGGGAGAUCUGCAGUGGAGGGGCCAUUUCAAGCAUGAGUGGUACCAUCGGGAAAGAAGAAAUUAUCAGAGUGUCCAGGAAAGCCUCAGGGUGCCUUUACAAGAAUUUCAGCACUUCUCGCCUCCUCAGGGGGCCCCAGGGAUCCCUACCUCUUACUCAGCUUAUUACAAUAUUUCUGUGGCCAAGGCAGAGCUGUUGAACAAGUUGAAAGACCAACCGGAGAUGGCAGAAAUUGGCCUAGGAGAGGAGGAAGUUGACCAUGAACUGGCUCAGAAAAAGAUACAGCUUAUUGAAAGCAUUGGCAGAAAACUUUCUGUCCUGCGAGAGGCCCAGCGAGGAUUGCUGGAGGACAUCAGUGGCAAUUCUGCUCUUGGAGAGGAGGUGGAGGCCAACCUAAAAGCUGUCUGCAAGUCCAAUGAGUUUGAAAAAUACCGUUUGUUUAUUGGGGACCUGGACAAAGUGGUCAACCUGUUGCUGUCACUCUCUGGACGACUGGCCCGGGUGGAGAAUGCUCUUAAUAGCAUAGAUUCAGAGGCCAACCAGGAGAAGUUGGUGCUAAUAGAGAAGAAGCAGCAGCUGACAGGGCAGUUGGCAGAUGCCAAGGAGCUGAAGGAGCACGUGGACCGGCGGGAGAAGUCAGUGUUCAGCAUGGUUUCCCGCUACCUGCCUCAGGACCAGCUCCAAGAUUACCAGCACUUUGUGAAGAUGAAAUCUGCUCUCAUCAUUGAACAGCGAGAGCUGGAAGAGAAGAUCAAGCUCGGGGAAGAGCAGCUCAAAUGUCUCAGGGAGAGCCUACUCCUGGGGCCCAGCAAUUUCUAAUUCCACCAGCAGACUGCCCACACCAUCCUUGCCCAGCCACAAUGGGAAAUGCUUUCGAUCUUUGUUAGCAGUUUGUUAGCAAGUAGAUAGCAGCUAGUAGAGCAGUUUGUUCCAUAUUCUCUACCCUGGAUGUCUCUCACUGCCCCUUAUCUAGCAGUGCUUCCAACCAGCUAGGAGACACCAGGAAGGCCCCGAGCUUCUACCCUAAGGAGUAGAAGCAAGAAGUAGAAGCUGUAGCAGGAUGUGAUCAUACAACCACAUUCUCCUUCCUACAGUUUGCACAGCAAGCGUUCACCACACCCAUUCCUUCAUUUUCCUUUGUACUAGGACAUCAUGCAUUCACCACCCACCCAUACCAUAAUCAGAUUCUUAAGGCUCAGAGAGAAGCUUCCAAUGUGGAUACACUCUACCCAGCCAUUUCCCACAGAGAUCUGGCUGUCUUGAGGAGAUUCGCCUACAGAAUUUCAGGACCUCACUCAAGUUUUGCAGUGGGAAGCAGAGAAAGAUGAAUUAUACUUAACAGAAUCUGAGCAAAGGUUGAGGAUCCCCAGAUUCCCUCCUGGAAGGAGCUAGUCUUAAACAAAUUGGCUCCAUCCCGACCUUCCCCAGCAUCUACAUGAGGGGAAAGAGGCCCACUCUCAGCCCUGGCUGGUGUGGCUCUCCUCCUGUCCUAAGACUGUGGACCUACCACUUCCUGUUUCAUCUUGCCUCUUCCUUGCUGGGCGUUACAGGUGCCUACUCUAAGGGCUUCACAGUAUGGGCCAUGAAUAGCUCUACUAAAGCUGACUUCUGCAUACAUGUUUCAUUAUUGGGGGGAGGGGGCUCUUAUUGUUAUAUUUUAAAUGAUCCUUUGAUUUUAUUUAUUUUUAUGUUUUAUUGUUUUUUUCUUCUUUUUAAACUAAUAAGGUGAGAUGAGGGGAUUUGGAGAGGGAAAAGUUAGCCCAGAAGGAAAGCAUUUUCUGCAGAUCCGCCUGAAUUCACCAUGGCUAGGUAAGCGAGUGCCAAGGCCUUGACUUCUUCCCACCAUAGCUAACAAGUGUCUAAGAAAGAAGUUCUUACCUUGAACUGAGAGCUUCCCCGCUGUGGCCUGGCCCUCUACUUUCCCUGAAGUCUGAAUGACCAUGAGCUUAGCAUUCCCCAACCGGAUUCAAUUUUUUCUUGAAACCAAAGAAACCUGAAACUGACAAAGGUUCAUCUAUUUCUCUACAGUCUCCAAGCUAAGGAAAGGGGAGAGGUGACCUCAGGAGGAACUCCUCUAUCUAAUUGUUUUCUCAGCCUGUGGCCUGGCUCAGGGAACCAAAAUUCAUGGUAGUUGCCAGGGUCAGCCAACCCCCAACACCAGAGCAAAGUAUAAUCCAGCCAGGAUCUGAGGCGCACAAACAACUAGUGCUGCUGCUGUUGCCAAGGCCCUGACACUGGUAAGCAGCUUCUAUCCCUGAAAAGCCCUCAGGUAGCCAAUGGCAGGAAGGGAGUUGUGGCCAAACUCUGCCUUGUUAUCCAGCUCAAUUCCCUAUUCCUUACUAACUGGGGCCCAUGCUUGAUAUUGUAUAGCCCUGGCCAGCAAGCCCUGGCAUCUGUUCUAGUCACUGCUGAAUCCCUCAUGGUCCAUGGAGGUUAACUGUAGCAGCAGGGGUGCCUCAUUCAACCAAAUAAUUUGCCAAAGAACUUUGCUGCUGCUACAAAUACUGGUCCCUAACUUCCAUUUCCUCUUCAUUGUAUUUGAAAACAAUGGAAGAAUCUUAGCCAGCAGGGCGGCCUUUUUUUGGGGGGGAGGGGGAGAGCUGAGUAUGCUCUUCGAGAGCAAUGCUGCUGUCAGAACCACUGUUAAAAUGUCAACCUGCCAUUCUCUUCUCAAGUGGAGGAUUCUCCUUUAUUCAGGAAGGCUGACGGCUUAUAAAGGGCUGGGCUUAUCCAAACCAAGGUUAAGGAAUAUGGGGGAGUGCUCUGAAUAUAGGUUGUGGUUGCCAUUUUUUUUAAAUACAGGCUCUAAGACACACAAUAAGUAUAUUGAGGUGUUCUGUAUUGAGGGGAUGAGGCCCGUGUAGUCAACUGUUCAAAGAUUUUUUUUUCUAAAACAGCUUUUUGGAAAUAUAGGCCCAGGAAAAAGAGUGGUCUCUCACCUGGACACCAUGGCCAUGGUCUGAGUUUUUCUAGUCAGCAGUACAUUGGCUGUGCCUUAAGUUUAUCACACUAAAAGUACUAUUGACUCUGUUAUUUUUAUCUCUCAUUCCAUCUCAAAUUAUUCUAGAGUUGGAAUCAAGAUACAAGGAUGCUCAUUUUCACACAGAAGGACAGUUUCCAAAGAACUUAAUAAAAUAACUCCAAAGUUAUAUUGAGCAGUGAAGCUCGGCAAAGGUGAACUACUAAACACACACUGAUGCCUGGCAGUGCUGACACGGCAAUCCCAUUGUGGGUGAUAGUACUGCAAAGCUGUCAGUGUUACUUGAGAUACAGUGUCUCUCCCCCGUUCUCAUUUCCUGGGCUCUGCCCUCCAUGAAAACCUGCCAGGAGGUAGCAGUUUGGAAGGCACGCCAAGGGACUUCUACAAAGAGAGUUACUGGUCUUGAUUUCUGCCCUCUCCCUUCAAAUACUCAUACAGGCCCCAGUGGGUAAUAGGUCAGCACAGUGAUUGAUAUAGAGAAAGGGAUCAGCGCAAGAGCUACUACCACAUGUCCCUCCUAACUCCCUGCUCCUGGGACGCUGGGUAAUUGAGUCUCCUUGAGUCCUUCCCGCUGCAGACUCAGCCAGGAUAUAGCAGUAAAUACUCAAGGGGAAUGCAAGAGAAAGAGACAGACACUGAAAAUAAAGCCCUAGCACUGGAGAGACUGGAAGCUGAGGAAUAGAGUGGGUGAACAAAUGAAAAGCCUCUUUCAAAGCCAGGUUCAGGUUUUGUUUGCUACUUAACCUCAUGUGCCAAAAAGCUAUCCGGGGGCACUAGAGCCACAACCUUAACCCCAGGCUCCCAGUCGCAAGUUUCAAAUGAAGGAAGCGGGGCACAUUUCUGGUCACUUCUUCCCGGCUGGAGCUUGGUGACUCCCAAUGUCUUUGCCACAGGAGUUAUCUAUGCCAAUAAUAUUUCUAUAACAGCGUAUUGUAUUCUUUGAAGAUUAGUAGAUCUUUAGAGGGGGGUGGGGCAGGGGGCAAUUUCUAUAGAUAAAGAACCAGUGUUUGUUGUACAGCUGUUGGGGGGGGGUAUCUAUCCCAUGUGAAGCUAUUAUUUUUCUGAAUCUUAUUGUUUCUGCAUUUGUGUCCUCCACCACUCCCUCCUUGGCUGACAUUAAUAUGCCUGCCAGAUUGUCAUCAAGGGUCAUACUUCAAUAAAAGGUGCAAAGGACAAAAAAAUAUUAUCUCACGUGUUUUGACUCGAGUGAUGGAAAUCCCCUAAUAUUCUGCUGAAAACUAUUGGAAAGGAAUUUGGUAACCUAGACAUAGUUCUUCAGAACUAACCAUAUUAUGACCACAGCCUUACUCACAUCCCUGAACCCUUAACCUGGCCCCUCAGGGAUACCAUUGAUGCUAUGUCAUUCAUUAUCCCCAGUAAAAUAGCUUAGAAUUCAGGAAGAAUCAACAAUAAUUGUAAUCUCAAGUGUAGACCUCAGCAGCAUACAGAAGCCAGUUCUGGAGUCUAUCCUGAUCAGCAGUGAGCCACUUUCUAGACCUCCUCCAAUCUUGAGUUCUGUCUACUAGUAUCAUCUUCCCGCUCUCAUACCCUCACUCUUAGCAACCUGGAAAGCAAGGUCCUUGCUGGUCAGCUCUCCAAGAUAACCUCAAGGUUUAGACCCAAAUGUACUCCAGGCAGCUCCUCUGACCCAGAAAAACCUAGGGUUUUUUUCUAAUCCAUUUAUUGUUCAUUUCCCAACUGAGCUCCUAUUCCAGAUGUCCAGUGUGGUAGAGUGGAAAAAGCCCAGCUUUGGCAUUAGAAUGAACUGUGUUCAAAUCUUGGUUCUACCAGUUGUUCUAUAAACUUGGAUAUUUGCUCAACUUCUGAGUUCAUUUUCUUAUCUGUAAAAGGAAUAAUAAUAUAUAUCUUGCAUGGCUGUUUUGGCUUAAAAAUAAUAUGUGAAAGCCACCCGCUAUCUACUGAAAAGUUGUUAGAAAGAGAGAAUCCCAGGCUCCACCACAAACCCACUGACAACAGUCUGAAUUUUAAUUAGAUUCCCAGGAGACUCAUAUGCAUAUUAAAGAUUGAGAAGCAUUAACCUAUCACAAACAUGCUCAGCACAUGGUAACUAAGUAUUAUUCUAACUCUAGAUUUACCCGAUUCAUUCUUUCUGAAUCUCAGAUAUAUUCUUGCUCUUCUCAUACUGGUCACAACUACCUGCCUAAAAGGAUUCAGCAAGGAUGCAAGGUUGAUAUAGAAAAUCAAUUGUAUUUCUAUACACUAGCAAUGAACAAUCUGAAAAAAAUAAGAAAAAAAUCCAUUUCCAAUAGUGUCAAAGUAAUAAACUACUUAGGAAUACAUUGAACAAAAUGCAAGUAUACUGAAGACUACAAAACAUUGUUGAAAUAAUUUUUUUAAAUGUAAGUAAAUGUAAAGACACCACAUGUUUAUGGAUCAGAAGACUUAAUAUUGUUUAGAUGAUAAUACUCCCCAAAUUGAUCAAAAAUUCAAUGCAAUCCUUAUGAGAUUCCUAGCUGGCUUCUUUGCAUAAAUUCAAAAGUCAAACCUAAAAUUCAUAUGUAAUUGCAAGGGACCCAUGAUAGUUAAAACAAUCUCUAAAAAGAACAAAGUUGGAGGACUCACACUUCUCGAGUUCAAAAUUUACUACAAAACUACAGUAAUCAAGACAAUGUGGUACAUGCACAAGAAUAGACAUAUAAAUAAAUGGAAUAGUAUUGAGAGUACAAAAAUAAACCUUCACGUUUAUGGUCAGUUAAUUUUCAAUAAGGGUGCCAAGACAAUAAAAUGGAGAAAGAAUAGCUUUUCAACAAAUUAUGUGAGGACAACUGAGUAGCCACAUGGAAAAUAGUGAAAUUGGACCCCUUCCUUACACCACACACAAAAAUUAAUUUGAAAUGGAUUAUAAACCUAAAUGUAUGAGUUAAAAUUACAAAACUCUUAGGAGAAAACAUAGUAGUAAAUCUUUCUGACAUUAGGUUAGACAGUGAUUCCUUAGAACUCCAGAAGCACAAGUGACAAAAGAAAAUAUGAACAAAUUAGAGUACAUCGAAAUUAAAAAUUUUGUGCUACAAACAAUAACAUAAAAAGGUGAAAAGACAAUCCAGGUAAUUGGAAAAAUAUUUACAUAUCAUAUAUCUAAUAUUGUACUUUUACUCAGGACAUAGAAGGAACUAUUACAACUCAAUGAUAUAAAUAAAUAACUAAUUACAAAUGGGCAAAGGAUUGGAAUAGACAUUUCUCCAAAGAAUAUAUGAAAAUGGUCAAUAAGCACAGUGAAAGAUGGUCAACAUUAAGGAACUACAAAUCAAAACCACAAUGAGAUGCCACUUCAUACCCACUAAGAUGGCUAUAAUAAAAAAGAGAAACA